AUGCGGAAAUGGGAGUCGAGGUUGGGGCUGGGGCGUCACGAACGUUUUGGGAGCGAAGCUGCUGUGGGCACCCCCCCUCCCCUGCCGCCGCCGCCGCCCUCUUCUCCGUCUCUGAAGCCGCUCCAGCUGGCAGGCGAGGUGCCCCCGCCUUUGCAGUCGCAGAGCAAGCCCAUCCGCCUCCGUCCUGCUUUACCGGUGGCCAGCACCUUGCUGCUGGUCCGGCAGCGCCUCGGCUGGCAGGGCGGGCUCGGAGGGAGCCGGCAAAACCAGUUUCCUCUCUCUUUACAGGAGUACACUUGCCCGAGGUGUGAAUCUGGCUUUAUCGAAGAAGUCACAGAUGAUUCCAGUUUCCUAGAUGGCAGCGGCAUAGACGACAGCCCCUCCACACAGUUCGCAGAGCUUUGGGACCAUUUGGACCACACAAUGUUCUUUCCUGACUUCAGACCCUUUCUGAGUAGCAGCUCACUGGAUCAAGACAGCAGGGACAACGAGAGGGGCCACCAAGCCCACGCCGACCUCUGGGGACCAAGCCGACCCCCGCGAUUGCCCAUGACGCGGAGGUACAGAUCCCGGGGCAGCUCGCGCCCCGACAGGUCUCCUGCUAUCGAAGGAAUAAUACAGCAGAUCUUUGCAGGGUUUUUUGCAAACUCAGCGAUUCCUGGCUCACAACACCCUUUUUCCUGGAGUGGGAUGCUGCACUCGAAUCCUGGGGACUACGCGUGGGGACAGAGCGGCCUCGAUGCCAUCGUCACCCAGCUCUUGGGGCAGCUGGAAAACACAGGACCGCCUCCAGCCGACAAAGAGAAGAUCUCGUCUCUCCCGACGGUGACAGUAACUCAGGAACAAGUUGAUACGGGUUUGGAGUGUCCUGUCUGCAAAGAGGACUACACGGUGGCAGAGCAAGUUCGGCAGUUACCCUGCAAUCACUUCUUCCACAGCAACUGCAUCGUGCCGUGGUUAUGGUUUGGUUAGAGCUGCACGACACGUGUCCGGUGUGCAGGAAGAGCUUAAAGGGGGAAGAUUCGACUCGGCAAACGCAAAACCCCGAGGCCUCAGCGAGUAACAGCUUUAGCAGUGAAAGCCAACUACACGACCGAUGGACUUUCUGACGCCCGAGGGCUUCCCCGGGGGCUCUGGCCGGAGUAUCGUUGCUACAGAUGUACAUUGUAUUAUAAUUCAAACGACGACAAAAAGGAAAAAAAAA